CUCGUCGCCGCCUCUCUCUCUCUCGUCUCUCGUCGCCGCUUGCAGUUUCCGGCUACCAAAAUCAGUAGAAUUUUAAGGCCACAGCGGUGGAUUCUGCCGGAACAAUGACGAGAAAGCCCAUGCUUGCCUUGGAGAUUAAUUUGAUCUCAGCGCAGAAUCUCAAACCCCCCUCCGCCAAUCUACGCCGAAUGCAAACCUACGCAGUAGUCUGGGUCGACCCCAGCCACAAGGUCAAGACCCGAACCGACCGGGUCGGCGGCGAGAACCCAACCUGGAACGACAGGCUCUUCUUCAGUGUCAGCCCGGAGUUUCUCUCCAGUGAGACCUCAGCCGUCUCCAUCGAGAUCUAUGCCGUCGGUUACCUUCGCCACCAUAUGGUUGGUACCGUACGAUUCCUCGCCAGCAACUUACCGCCCGCCGUCCUAUCCGGUUCGAGCAUCCCCUCCUUCUCCGCGGUCCAUAUCCGCCGCCCCUCUGGAAGAAUACACGGUGUCCUGAACAUCGGAGCCGCGGUAAUCGUUCGCUCUCACUUCCCGGCAUUGGACCGAAGGCCCGCCAUCGGAUACCGCGAGCAAGUGGGGGAGAACAAGCACAAGUACCUUGGGGCAUGCUGGUAGACAAAUGCAGCGAAUGGAGCAUGUUGUUAGACAAUUGCAGCGAAUGAAGCAAGGUA